UCCCAGACUCGCUAUAAUCAUUGUUGUUACUCUCUUCUUUGCGAUCUUUCCGUCAUCUCUUUCCACUGACAUAAUUUUCUCAUCCAGACUUGUAAUCAGAUACAUCUGAACCUUAAGAGAGAGUUACUGUGCGUGUGUGAGAGAGAAGGCAGAGCACAGACAAAUAGGACAAAGUGUUCUCUACAGAAGAAAGGAAAGAAGAAGAGAGAGAAAGAGAGAGAGGGAGGGAGGGAGAGAGAGAAAGAGAGAGAGAGUGAGUGGGGGUGAGUGCGUGAUCGGUGAGAAGGCAUGGAGGAGUCGCUCAAGUCCCUCUCCUUGGACUACCUCAACCUCCUCAUCAACGGGCAGGCGUUCAGCGACGUGACCUUCAGCGUGGAGGGCCGCCUCGUCCACGCCCAUCGCUGCAUCCUGGCCGCCCGCAGCCUCUUCUUCCGCAAGUUCUUCUGCGGGGCCGAGCCAUCGUCGCCGCCUGGUCUACUCCUCCUCCACCACCAUCACCACCACCAACACCACAGCCCGCGGUCGCCCACCGGCGGGGCCUCACAGUGUCUGUCCUCCUCCCCCGGCAGCGUGAUCCCGGUGAAUUCCGUCAGCUACGAGGUGUUCCUGCUGAUGCUCCAGUUCAUGUACAGCGGGCAGGUCUCGCUGGUGCCGCAGAAGCACGAGCCUCGCCCCAAUUGCAGCGACCGCGGCUGCUGGCACACCCAUUGCACCGCUGCCGUCGACCUCGCUCUCGACACCCUCACCGCUUCCCGGUCCUUCGGAGUCGAGCAGCUCGCGCUCCUCACCCAGAAGCAAUUGGCUAGCAUGGUGGAGAAGGCGUCGAUCGAGGACGUGAUGAAGGUCCUGAUGGCGUCCAGGAAGCAAGAAAUGCACCAGCUGUGGACCACCUGCUCCCACCUGGUCGCCAAGUCCGGACUCCCGCCGGAGGUGCUCGCGAAGCACCUGCCGAUCGAUGUGAUGGCGAAGAUCGAGGAGCUCCGUCUCAAGUCCUCCCUCGCCCGCCGUUCCUUCAUACCUCACCACCACGCCCUCGAAGUCGCAGGCCCUUCCACCGAGCUCGACGACCACCACAAGAUCCGCCGGAUGCGCCGCGCCCUGGACUCGUCCGACGUCGAGCUUGUCAAGCUGAUGGUUAUGGGGGAGGGGCUCAACCUUGACGACGCCCUCGCCCUCCACUACGCCGUCGAGAACUGCAGCCGUGAGGUGGUAAAGGCGCUCCUUGAGCUCGGCGCUGCCGACGUCAAUUGCCGUGCAGGCCCUGCAGGGAAAACGCCACUCCACGUCGCCGCUGAGAUGGUGUGCCCCGACAUGGUAGCCGUCCUCCUCGACCAUCACGCCGACCCCAACGUUCGCACGUUCGACGGCGUGACCCCCCUCGACAUUCUCCGCAACCUCACCUCUGACUUCCUCUUCAAGGGAGCUGUCCCGGGCCUGACGCACAUCGAGCCGAACAAGCUAAGGCUUUGCCUCGAGCUAGUCCAAUCGGCAGCGCUUGUCAUGUCGCGUGAGGAGGCCAAAAGUGGCGGAGGCGGUGCCGGAAGCCACCCUCACUCGGCCAUCUAUCCACCGAUGCAUCCGGAUUCGACCAGUUGCACCCCUAAUAACUCAAACGGCAGCAUGGUCAACCUCAGCUUGGAUUCUCGAAUGGUGUAUCUGAAUCUAGGGAUGGCCGCACGGCUGGGAUGCAAGAUGAGUGAUGGAGGCGAGGAUGACGACGGCAGCAGUAGAUCCCAAGGUGGCGGCGGCGGUAACAUCGGCUUGUCGACCAUGUUUCCUUCUCAUGGCUUCCCGUGACUGCUGCCUUGUAAGCUUGCAUCAUUCAAUUUCACAUCGACUGCAUCUUCCUCUAUCUAAUCCGAUACUCAACGCAAGGCAGAUAGUCAAAGAGGCAAUGGAAUGUCCUCUGAAUCAGUGUAUUUUGUUUUGCAGCAUUAUUGGAGGUGGCAUGUGUAGCUGCAUGUAGAAAUUAAUAGAACCUUUGUUUGGAUUGUUGGC